AUGGUGAUGACUCCUCAGCCUGACCGGCCACGCGGACGACGGCUGACUGCGACUCCACCCACAGCGAACGGUACACCGCUCGCGCACCCGCGGAAAACACGCUCGCCGCCCGCCGCCUUCGAGCCGACCCCGAACGACGCCCUGUUUUUCCCCUUCUCCUGUCUGCCGCCGCCCGUCGUCCCCCAUCCUACCAUGAUACCCACGUCGGUGCCCGCCCGCGAAAGCGUCCCUUCGGCAAGCCCCCUUCCGCUGUCCGCCCACAGCUCGCGCAACGGCACCAACCGCGUCACGUCGCCGCUUACGCCCCCCGACCAUGGCAUCGCCCAAGUGGUGCCUGGCCCCGCCAUCCAUCCCGACGGAAUGGGUUCCGUUGCGUCCGACGAAUGGAGGAAGCUGCUGGCCAGCGCCCGCAGUAGUUUUGAAAACGAACGGCGCGUGUGGGAACAAGAACGGCACCUAUACCAACAAGACAUCGCACGUCUGCGAGCGGCUUUGGACGCGAAACAGCAGGAAAUGCUCGUCAUGGCCACCAAACUAAAGCAGGCUGAGCUGGCCCUCGGCGACCCCAAUAGUUUCCACAGCCAUAUUGUCUCUCCACCCUCCGCUGCAAGCAGCAGAGUAUCCCCCGUGAAAAGCCCCCCUUCUAUUGCUCAGACCGGCUGCUCCAUGAGUCCGCCUACCCAAGCCGGCUCGUCACGCCAACUCGCCCAGGCUGGGAUCCCCGGCUUGCAAUACCAGCCCGCCAGGUUCGCCGUCACCCACCACGGACUGGAUGGCAUGACCACAGUUGGGGGUGCAUACGUUGGAAACAUCGAGGAGGAGCCGCCGUCGCCAGUAUCCACCGCUGCGCAUCUUUCACCACCGCCCGAGGCGUAUCGACGACAUGCAGGGCACACGCCUGGGGCAGGUUCUUUCAGCAUGCAAACCACCCCUGGCGAAAAGACGCCUAAGGCCAUCCCGCCGCCAGUUGCCCCUGUGGAGGACGAAAUCGCCGUCCAGAGCGAAUCAAGUGAAGAUGAAGAUCAGGCCAUGCAGGAACCCCUUUUCCUUCCGCCCCGCCCAGACAGGCCCGAGGCUUCAAGCAUGCUGGACGUCUUGCAGGAGAAGCUCGCUUCCAUCAGCGAGCAUCCUGAGGAGCAGCGGCCCGCUGUCUUGCAAGGAGUUCCCCCUUCCGAAACCAGCGAGUCCGAAGUCGACCCUCUCGACAAUGCAGCAUCUUUGCCAGUCGAGCCAGCAGAGGAUGACGAAGUACCAGGCCCGGCUGAGCCACAGGUUCCCGGUAUCAGAUUGAAGACGAAAAGAAGUUACAACUUUGGUGCGCCUAUAGGAGAAAUGCCUAGAAGGAACCUCGCCGACUUCGAGGGCUUUUAA